AUGCGGCAGGUUUGCUGCUUAGCGCUGCCGCCGCCGCCGCCGCCGCCGCCAGUGGAGAAGGCUCGGUGCAGCAGCUACAGCGACAGCAGCAGCAGCGAGAGGAGCAGCAGCAGCAGCGGCAGCGGCAGCGGCAGCAGCGGCGAGAGCGGCAAGAGCAGCAGCCGCCACAUCAACAGCAGCAGCAUCUCUCGUCCCGCUGCGCCCCCAAAGCCGCGGCCGCCGCGACAGCCGCAGCCCCGCAGCCCCGCAGCCCGGAGAGCCGCCGCCCGCUCGCGAGCCGCAGCCGCCGGAGGCAUGAGGCGCGACCCGGCCCCCGGCUUCUCUAUGCUGCUCUUCGGUGUGUCGCUUGCCUGCUACUCGCCUAGCCUCAAGUCGGUGCAGGACCAGGCGUACAAGGCGCCCGUGGUGGUGGAGGGCAAGGUACAGGGGCUGGCCCCGGCCGGCGGCGGCUCCAGCUCCAACAGCACCCGCGAGCCGCCCGCCUCGGGUCGGGUGGCGCUGGUGAAGGUGCUGGACAAGUGGCCGCUCCGGAGCGGGGGACUGCAGCGCGAGCAGGUGAUCAGCGUGGGCUCCUGUGCGCCGCUCGAAAGGAACCAGCGCUACAUCUUUUUCCUGGAGCCCACGGAGCAGCCCUUGGUCUUUAAGACAGCCUUUGCCCCUCUCAACACCAACGGCAAAAACCUCAAGAAAGAGGUGGGCAAGAUCCUGUGCACUGACUGCGCCACUCGGCCCAAGCUGAAGAAGAUGAAGAGCCAGACGGGACAGGUGGGUGAGAAGCAAUCGCUGAAGUGCGAGGCAGCAGCCGGUAACCCUCUGCCCUCCUACCGCUGGUUCAAGGACGGCAAGGAGCUCAACCGCAGCCGGGACAUCCGCAUCAAGUAUGGCAAUGGCAGAAAGAACUCACGACUCCAGUUCAACAAGGUGAAGUUGGAGGACGCUGGGGAGUAUGUCUGUGAGGCUGAGAACAUCCUCGGGAAGGACACCGUCAGGGGCCGGCUCUUCGUCAACAGCGUGAGCACCACUCUAUCAUCCUGGUCGGGACAUGCUCGGAAGUGCAACGAGACAGCCAAGUCCUACUGUGUCAACGGAGGUGUCUGCUACUACAUCGAGGGCAUCAACCAGCUCUCCUGCAAAUGUCCAAACGGAUUCUUCGGACAGAGAUGUUUGGAGAAACUGCCUUUGCGAUUGUACAUGCCAGAUCCUAAGCAAAAGCACCUUGGAUUUGAACUAAAGGAAGCUGAGGAACUGUACCAGAAGAGGGUCCUGACCAUCACUGGGAUUUGCGUGGCUCUGCUGGUGGUGGGCAUCGUCUGCGUGGUCGCCUACUGCAAGACCAAGAAACAGCGGAAGCAGAUGCAUAACCACCUCCGACAGAACAUGUGCCCUGCCCACCAGAACCGGAGCUUGGCCAAUGGGCCCAGCCACCCCCGACUGGACCCUGAGGAGAUCCAGAUGGCAGACUAUAUCUCCAAGAAUGUGCCCGCCACAGACCAUAUCAUCCGGAGGGAAACAGAGACCACCUUCUCUGGGAGCCACUCCUGUUCUCCUUCUCACCACUGCUCCACAGCCACGCCCACCUCCAGCCACAGGCAUGAGAGCCACACAUGGAGCCUGGACCGUUCUGAGAGCCUGACCUCUGACUCCCAGUCGGGCAUCGUGCUGUCAUCAGUGGGCACCAGCAAGUGCAACAGCCCAGCGUGUGUGGAGGCCCGGGCACGGCGGGCAGCGGCCUACAGCCUGGAGGAGCGGCGCAGGGCUGCCGUGCCACCUUACCACGACUCCAUAGACUCCCUGCGUGACUCCCCACACAGUGAGAGGUACGUGUCUGCCCUGACCACGCCCGCGCGCCUCUCUCCCGUGGACUUCCAUUACUCGCUGGCCACGCAGGUGCCGACUUUUGAGAUCACGUCCCCCAACUCGGCGCACGCCGUGUCGCUGCCUCCCGCCGCGCCCAUCAAUUAUCGCCUGGCGGAGCAACAGCCGCUCCUGCGGCAACCGGCGCCCCCCGGCCCAGGACCGGGGCCUGGGCCCAGCGCGGACAUGCAGCGCAGCUACGACAGCUACUACUACCCCGCAGCGGGGCCGGGGCCGCGGCGAGGGGCUUGCGCACUGGGCGGCAGCCUGGGAAGCCUGCCCGCCAGCCCCUUCCGCAUCCCGGAGGACGACGAGUACGAGACCACGCAGGAGUGCGCGCCCCCGCCGCCGUCGCGGCCGCGCGCCCGCGGCGCGUCCCGAAGGACGUCGGCGGGGCCUCGGCGCUGGCGCCGCUCGCGCCUCAACGGGCUGGCGGCACAACGCGCACGCGCGGCGCGGGACUCGCUGUCGCUGAGCAGCGGCUCGGGAGGCGGCUCGGCCUCGGGCUCGGACGACGACGCGGACGGGGCGCUAGCUGCCGAGAGCACGCCUUUCCUCGGCCUGCGCGCGGCGCAGGACGCGCUGCGCUCGGACUCGCCGCCCCUGUGCCCGGCGGCCGACAGCAGGACUUACUACUCCCUGGACAGCCACAGCACGCGGGCCAGCAGCAGACACAGCCGCGGGCCGCCCCCACGGGGCAAGCAGGACUCGGGGCCCCUCUAGGGCCCCCGCCGCCCCCUCCGCCUCGCCCGCCCCACUGUCUUUAAGGAGAACAGAGACCGCCGACUGGAGAGAGAAAGGAGGAAAAAGAAAUAAAAAUAUUUUUAUUUUCUAUAAAAGGAAAAAGGUAUAACAAAAUGUUUUAUUUUCAUUUUAGCAAAAAUUGUCUUAUAAUACUAGCUAACGGCAAAGACGUUUUUAUAGGGAAACUAUUUAUAUGUAACAUCCUGAUUUACAGCUUCGGAAAAAAAAAAAAAAAGAAACAACAACAAAAAAAAGAGAGAUGGGCCAAUUUUUUGACUCUUUAAUAGAAACCUAUAUUGUGGUGCCUUUUGCUGUACGCUAAUAUGGAGCUCCUGGAGAGA